GGGAAGUAGGCGUUCCGCGCAGGCGCAGCGUGGCGAGCGCGCUGGAGCGCGGGAAGCAGCCUUUUUCGGAAGAUCCUUGUCGGACACCCGGUAGGGAAGAAAAAUGCCCGCCACCCAGAAGCCCAUGAGGUACGGACACACCGAAGGACACACGGACGUCUGUUUUGAUGACUCUGGGAGCUGCAUCGUGACUUGUGGAAGCGAUGGUGAUGUGCGAAUUUGGGAAGACCUGGAUGAUGAUGACCCCAAGUCCAUCAACGUUGGCGAGAAGGCGUACUCGUGUGCUUUGAAGAACGGGAGACUGGUCACUGCGGUCUCUAACAAUACUGUCCAGGUGCACACGUUUCCUGAGGGGGCUCCAGAUGGGAUCCUCACGCGCUUCACCACCAAUGCCAACCACGUGGUCUUUAACGCAGAUGGAACCAAGAUCGCCGCAGGAUCGGGUGAUUUCCUCAUCAAAGUUGUGGAUGUGAUGGACAGCAGUCAGCAGAAGACAUUUCGAGGACACGAUGCCCCUGUCCUAAGCCUUUCUUUUGAUCCCAAAGAUGUCUUUGUGGCAUCGGCCAGCUGUGAUGGGUCAGUCAGAGUGUGGCAAAUCUCAGAUCAGACCUGUGCAGUUAGUUGGCCACUGUUACAAAAAUGCAACGAUGUGAUGAACGCAAAGGCCAUCUGCAGGCUUGCUUGGCAGCCGGGAAGCGGGAAGUUACUGGCAGUUCCUGUGGAGAAAUCUGUGAAGCUGUAUAGAAGAGAAACCUGGACUAAUCAGCUUGAUCUUUCUGACAGUUCCAUCAGUCAGAGCCUCAACAUAGUAACUUGGUCGCCCUGUGGGCGCUAUUUAGCUGCGGGUAGUAUCAACGGCCUAAUUAUCGUUUGGAAUGUGGAAACCAGAGGCUGCGUAGAAAGGGUGAAGCAUGAGAAAGGCUAUGCCAUCUGUGGCCUGGCCUGGCACCCUACCUGUGGCCGCAUAUCUUACACGGAUGCAGAGGGGAACCUGGGGCUCUUGGAGAGCGUGUGUGAGCCCAGCGGGAAGGCGUCGGGCGGCAAGGCUUCUAGCAGAGUGGAAAAGGAGUACAAUGAUCUUUUCGAUGGAGAUGAUACGAGUGAUGCUGCUGGUUCUCUAGAUGAUGAUGCCGUUGAGGUCUCUGUUCUGAAAGAGACCAUAAAUGAUGAGGAGGAAGAUGGCCUCAUGGUGGCGCCAGGUCGCCCUAGACAGCGAAGUCACAUCCUAGAAGAUGAUGAAAAUUCAGUAGAUGGUACAGUGCUGAAAUCUGCUCUUUGCGAGGAGGUGGAGGACCUUGCGGGCAGCUCACACGGUCUGCCACCAGCGACGUCGCAGAGGCCACUGUGGGACGGGCCCAGGCCGACCCCCCGGCAGAGGCCGUUCCAGUCGGGGUCCACACCUGCACACCUCACUCACAGGUUCAUGGUUUGGAACUCUGUUGGAAUUAUCCGCUGCUAUAACGAUGAGCAGGACAAUGCCAUUGAUGUGGAGUUCCAUGACACCUCUGUGCACCACGCGACACACCUGUCAAACACCUUGAAUUACACAGUAGCAGAUCUUUCCCACGAAGCUAUCUUGUUGGCAUGUACCCCCUGCUACGUGGAUUCUGAAGGCUGUGUUCGGAUGCUUAACAGAGGACUAGACAACGUGUGGACCCCUGUGUGUGACACCAGAGAGCACUGCAAGGGGAGAUCCGACCACUACUGGGUGGUGGGGAUCCAUGAAAAGCCCCAGCAGCUCAGGUGCAUUCCUUGUAAAGGCUCUCGGUUCCCCCCGACCCUUCCACGCCCCGCGGUGGCUAUAUUGUCCUUUAAGCUUCCUUACUGUCAGAUUGCGACAGAGAAGGGGCAGAUGGAGGAGCAGUUUUGGCGUUCAGUUAUAUUUCACAACCACCUGGAUUACUUAGCCAAAAAUGAUUAUGAAUAUGACGAGAGCACUAAAAAUCAAGCAGUAAAGGAGCAACAAGAACUUUUAAUGAAAAUGCUUGCACUUUCUUGUAAACUGGAGCGAGAAUUCCGUUGUGUGGAACUUGCAGAUCUAAUGACUCAAAAUGCUGUAAAUUUAGCCAUUAAAUAUGCUUCUCGCUCUCGGAAAUUAAUAUUGGCCCAAAAACUUAGUGAACUUGCUGUAGAGAAGGCAGCGGAAUUGGCAGCCCCUGAGGCGGAGGAGGAGGAAGAAGAGGAGGAUUUCAGACAAAAACUGAAUGCUGGUUACAGUAAUACUGCUACAGAGUGGAGCCAACCACGACUAAGAAAUCAUGUGGAAGAAGACACUGAGGAUAGAGGAGCUGAGGACACAGAGGAAAACCCUGAACUCCAUCAGCACGGACAGAACUUGUUUUCCAAAAGUACAAAUUCCUCUGAGGUACCAGCCGUUAAGUCAGGUGCAGUUACUCCUAGCAACCAAGGACGAGUAAACCCCUUCAAGGUAUUAGCCAGUUCCAAAGAGCCAGCCGUGUCCGUGAACCUGCCACGUUCAACGAACAUCUUAGACAGUAUGAGCAAAUCCUCCAGGAAACCCUUUGCGCCCAAUCGAGUGGCUGGUAGCGAGAAGUCCCCCGUUAUCAAGCCUCUGAUUCCAAAGCCAAAGUCUAAGCAGGCCUCUGCAGCAUCCUAUUUCCAGAAGAGAACUUCUCAGGCUGAUAAAACCGAGGGAGUGAAAGAAGAAAACCCUAAAGAUGUGUCACCUGCAGCCCCAGCUGUGUGCUCGCCGAACGCUGAAGCGCAGAGGCCAAAGACUGGGUUCCAGAUGUGGCUGGAAGAAAACAGAAGUAAUAUUUUGUCUGACAAGCCUGACUUUUCAGACGAAGCAGAUAUAAUAAAAGAAGGAAUGAUUCGAUUUAGAGUUUUGUCAGCUGAAGAAAGGAAGGCAUGGACUAUCAAGGCCAAGGGAGAAACCGCUGGCGAUGGAGUUGAAGCAAAGAAGCGGAAACGUGUGGGUGAUGAGUCUCACGACGAGGAAAACCAGGAGGAGGCAGCGAAGGAGAAUCUGAAUUUGCCCAAAAAGCCAAAACCUGUAGAUCUUUCUGCUAAUCAGAAACUGUCAGCCUUCGCUUUUAAGCAGGAGUGAAUGGCGGAAGUGGCCUGGGGGGAGCGGUGACAGUUCUGCUCCUCCGUGAUGAAU